CUCCUCCGCUGCUGCGCCGGACGGACGACCUAAGCCUAUCUGAGCUUCACCCAGGAGCGAUGAACGUUGGUGAUGCGUUAAAGCGUUCAAACCGGCCUAAUAUUGUAGCGUUUUAACCCUUGGGACGAGUAGGUGACACUUGGAUAACUUCACGAUCUCUCAUGUAGCUAGAAAGACGCACAGCUGCAACAAAACACACCAUGCCAAAGAGAAGGCGACAGCUCAGGAGCACGAGCUCGGAGGAGUCUCGCUCAGAUGAGAGCGAGAUGGAGCCACCCCACGUUGUGACGCGGGGCCAGUCGCGCAAGUCUUCCGUCACGAGCACCACUGUCCCCAUCGUCAAGACUGAUACCCCUGUCCCUGCUAUUCUGACUGGCAGCGCUGUUGCCAAUAGUAAUGGUGCAGUGCUCGGAAAGUCGGUAACACCUCCGCGUACCCCUACCAAGGAGCCUUCUGAAGCAGGGGAAGUACCGAACAAGCGGCUGCGACAGGUGCGGUCGCGCCUGUCCUCGGAGCCCCUGUGCAGCGUAUGCUCCCAGGCACUGCUCGAGAGCCGUCGCAGCCCGCCCGCGCAGCUUAUAUCCUGCUCUCAAUGCGAGACGUGCGCUCACCCUUUCUGCCUGGGCCUCUCCGAGGAAGCAGCCAAGGUGGUCACCACCUAUGACUGGAAGUGCCACCGGUGUCGAGUAUGCGAGACGUGCCACCAGCCAGAAUCGCAGAGUGCCCUUCUCGUGCUGUGCAAAAACUGUGAUCGGUGCUUCCACCCGAACUGCCUCCCUGCUCAAGCGCUCACAAAGUCCUGUUUAGAAAAUUGCGGGCGCUGCAGUGAAGCCACCACUGAGGCAUCAGCAGUCAAUGGUGCUCCGGCUGAUGCUUCGGAGGAAGAAAAGAAUGAUGUUAGCAACUUAUCGUCGUCCACGCCUAAACGGCCGAGGAUGACAAGGCACGCACAUCGUGGCAAUCACCAAAAUCAGAACCAGUGCCAGAAUGAACCAAUGCACCAAGAUGUAGUGGCCCCGUGCACACCGCAGAAAACCUCUAGUCCACGCAGCCUCGGCACAAAGGCACCCGAUGCAAGCAGUGAGGCUGAUGUGACACCACCAAAACGUGGCCGACCGAAGGGCAAAGCUGGCAGCAAGGACACCACUGCUGAUCUGUCGCCAGUUGGCGGUACCGAAGGGAGCCCAAGGCGCCGAGCUGCCAAGGGCCGCCUGCCAGCCAAGAAUGGCCGAGGGGCUACACGCAGCAUCCUUCGAGAGAUGCCUGCUGCAAAUGGCCAGUCUCCAAGGGAAGGAGAUGAACCCCACUGCACUGUGUCAGGCUGCAACUCCAAGGGUCAUCUAAGUGGCAGAUUUCCGUCACAUGCUACAAUCGACUGCUGCCCACUGUAUCACAACACCACAGCUGGGGACUGUGAGGAGCAGUACAGGGCACGAACGAAGAAGAAGGUGGAACGCCAGCAGCAGAUGAGCCGGCAGAUCAACCUCAAAAAGCCUGUGCAAACUACCGAGCAGAAGGAACGCUACCAAAAGAUCUUGGAACAUCGAAGGGAGAAGAUGUCUCCAAGAACAAGGUCCAGAGGCAUGCUUGAUUCUGACCGUGAACCAGACCUGAAUGGCCUGGCUCCUGUGUAUGACCUGGAGAUGUUUCGGGAAGCACAAGCCAAAGCAGCAGAGGAAAUGGAGCAUCAGCGAGCGGCAUCGCUGUUAGCGUCCCCUGCCCCGCGCUCGUCCUCUGGCAGCCACGGCAGCAACCACAGGCACCACCACAACCAUCACCAUCAGCAGGGCAUUCGAGUGCUGGAGAUGGGCCGGUAUGAGAUGGACGUUUGGUACAGCUCUCCCUACCCGGAGGAGUACCAGGCGCUACCCAAAUUGUACCUGUGCCAGUUCUGCCUCAAAUACAUGGGCAGCCCCACCAUCCUGCGACGGCACACCGCGAAGUGUGUGUGGCGGCACCCACCAGGUGAUGAGAUCUACCGCAAGGGCAACAUCUCUUUCUUUGAGGUGGACGGUGCCAAAAACAAGGCCUACUGCCAGAACCUGUGCCUGCUUGCUAAGCUAUUUCUCGACCACAAGACUCUCUACUUUGAUGUUGAGCCCUUUCUUUUUUACGUGAUGACCGACGCCGAUGCUGAAGGAUGUCACAUCGUUGGGUAUUUCUCGAAGGAGAAGAACUCGUUCCUCAACUACAAUGUGUCCUGCAUCCUGACGCUACCGCCGUACCAACGGCAAGGUUAUGGAAGGAUGCUCAUUGACUUCAGUUACCUGCUCAGCAAAGUAGAAGGCAAGUCUGGCUCCCCAGAAAAGCCCCUGUCGGAUUUGGGUUUGAUCUCAUAUCGAAGUUACUGGAAGAGCGUUGUUCUGGACUACCUCCGACGCUUUCAGGGAAAGGGCAUUUCCAUCAAGGAUCUGAGCCAGGAAACUGCUAUAAGCGCGUAUGACAUUGUCAGCACGUUACAGUCCCUGGGGAUGCUGAAGUACUGGAAAGGAAGACACCUUGUGCUCAGAAACUACUGUAAACACUGAGACACCUGAAAGUUCCUCCUCCAAAGUAAAGAAAGUUCGCCACGACCGCACCUUGGACCCCGAGUGCCUCCGGUGGAAACCCUACACAAUGCCCAAUCGAUAAUGCCAUUCCAAGCAAGACCAAGCAUUGGCCGAAAGAAAAAAAAAAAAAAAGGCCAGCCAUCUGGAGUGGUUGGCAUGCACCGGUGUGGACAAAAUGCAGCACGAGGAGGAGGAUUUGUCGAUGAAAGUCGAAGCACAGGCGCAGUAACAGCCUGCCGCACAAACUACCUGUCAGCUCGGGCUGUGGGCGUUGUUAGUAUUGCACGCGUGUGUGACCGCAUCUUCGAAACAUUCGGGUUUUUGUGCUUCUGCUCUGCACCGAUGUGCGGGGUCGCCCGCAGUUCGUAGCAGAUUGCCCUUUUGAAGCAUCUUACGCCUUGUGGUAUGCUCUUGUCAUGCAGCAGUGACCACCUGGAUGUACGCAGUACUUGCGUGCAUCCUUUCUGAGGCAUCACAAGCACACUGGUUUACGACCAGUAACUCGUGGUGCCCAACAGUACUGAACAGAGAAAUAGCAUGCACUGGAAGCUGCCGUUACAGUGUGCCCUUAAAUGAUGGAUAAUAUUGUUGCAGAGCAAAAGCACACAUUAAAAUUUGCAUAGUUCUAUCAAGGAUGUGAGUUUCUGGGGUUAACACAACCCGCUCUGGCGGCCAAGACUGGGCAGGAGAUUCGGCUGUGGGUAUCGCUAUGCAGCACGCAAAUUGAUGUGUCGUGAAAUUUGUAUAUGUGCUGCGCUAAUCGAUGGUUUGUGCUGCAGUUGCUCGGGGGCUAACACUACCAGUCAGUACAUCUUCGAGAAAGUAAAAAUGUGUCUCACAGCCAUGUGUGCAGUAGCAGUUACAUGCGGUUUGCGGCACACAAGCGUGGAGCUUUGCAGCUGAAGGUACUAGGAGCUGUGGUGCCCAAAGCUAGUGGUUAUCAGAGAAAACAUUAUCAACAAAGGACCAUAGAUGACCAGGUGUCACCGUGUGAAUGUAUUAGUCAGUUGAUCCUUUUCUGUUUUUAACAGUCACUGAGCACUAGCUGAGCUGUGCUAUUUGCUAAAUAAUUGCUGUUACCUCAUCAGCAUCAUCAUCCAUUUCCUUCAAGUUCAGAGAACAGUGCUACCCUCGGAUAACUUUCUUUUUACAGAUGUAUGCUUCAGUAAGUAUUUACAUAUAGCAUAUGUGUGGGUGAUGAAUUCUUCAACAAAUUGCACUUUCAAGCACUCUGGAGUGGAGGGAAGGUAGCAAGAAUGAAAUAGUGUUGUUGAUGCUCCUUUAGCAUUACAUACCGGGCCUUCAAGCAUAUUUUUUCAUCAUCCUGUGAACAAAGCUGUGUGUACUAGCAUCAAAAGAAGAGUAAAUUGGUGCGUAGGCUAUUCAGUUUAUCGAAAAACUUAUCUCGAGAAAGUUAUCAUUUUUUUUAUUAUGAUGCCAAAGCAGGCUUGUUGGUCAUUUGAAACUGUUUUCUGUACCUCACAUAUUGCACAAACAAGGGAAAGAGACUUUCUCACUCUCAGUUUUCCUAUUAAUAUAGUGUAUUUGCUGUGAGGGAAGAGACUUUAUAACGGAGUAUGUGUGUGUGUUUAUGUAGCUUUGCGAAAAACGUCCAAUUGUGAAUGUGUGUUUUGUUUUAGUGUGCUUUGAGCACAAGGUGUGGGUGUCCAGAUUUCCAGCAUCGUGCAAGUAGUGCACUUUUUAACACGUCACCAUGUCAAACUUGUUCUACCACCCACUGCUGCUGCUUAGCUUCCCAAAGUAUUACUAGCCAGUGUAACUGCUACACAAGUUUUACGUUGUGGCGAGCAUUUUAUACCUUUCAAGAGCAGUAAAAAAAGUGUCAACUUAUUUUUGACAUGCUAUAAGUUUAAAUGCUGCGAGGAAGUUGCAUAUAAGUUUAAAUGCUGCGAGCAAGUUGCAUGAGAGUGCAAAAUAGAUGCUUUCCUGUAGAUUCUUUUAUAUGCAUAGUUCUGUCAACAACUUUUCUCACUAGUAAGCCUACUGCCUAGCCCUGGUUUGUUUUGCAGUUCUGAAAAAAUGAGAGCAGGUGAAAUUUUUUUUGUGUAUUUGUUGAGACCAAACUGACUGGAGCACUUCAUUUCUUGAGACACCACAUUUGUCAGAGUUCUCACAAAGCUUAUUGUUAAUCAUUUGGUUAGUUUACACUCCCGUAAUGCCAGCACUCGUGUACUAUGUUAUCACAGUUGCCAGCUUAGGCUGGAUAAUGCACUGCUAGGCAAUUGAAUUCAACUCUAGCUCAGAAAGGAAACCACUUGGAAGACACCUAUUGCUUACUUUAAGGAAAACGUACCAGUUAUGUUGCCAGCCAAGCUGACUUAGUGCCAAGUUGCUCCAACCACAUCUCAUCCAGUCAAAUUUCUGCAUCAACAGUUGAACUAAGGCCUUCCUGGCAAAUUAACAUAAGUAGCAUAAGAAAAGCUCGUUGUGAACAUUAGCAAGGAGAGCAUGCUUUUAUUGAUCGGGCAAUUUGGAAUCGCGUGCUUCAAAGGAGUCGCAUGCAACUGCAAUGUGGUUUUUGAGGUUGCAACACUGAUGAGGGGGACUGCGGUUAUGCAAUUUUUUUUUGCGCGCUUUCAGAAGCUGACAGGAGUGCAAUACUGAUGCACCGCAAUUCCCUGCAGUCCUUUGGUACGUUGGCCUCACAUGAUCAUGUGUGGUUUCCACGUUUCAUUUUCUCUCUUUUAUGAGCAAGAGUGUGAAUAACCAGUUCUAUACGCUAUUAUCGUUAAGUUCUGUUUAUUCUGCUCGCAAGGCUCAUUUUAAAGCCAUCGAUGUAGUUUCUUGCAAAAGAAAUCAUCAGGUUUCUUAUUUAAGUUUGUUUGCUAUUAAAAUUGCUUAUGCAUUACAGAGUCCAUUGCAUAUAGUAGUUAGCUGUACUAACAUAAAGCCAAUUUUAGUGCCUGCUGUUGCUAUGCUAUAUGCCUCUGUGCUUGAUAUCACCCAUGUUAGAUCUCCAGUGUUAUUCAAAAGUUCGCGCUGUUGCAUUAAUUCGGCAUCGCUCAACAUCUUGAAAUUUGUUUUGUUCAAGCAUUACAAUAGCAUCCUUCUUUCUUAUGGAGAUUUUCUGCAUUGACGAAUCUGCGGGGAUGAGUGUACACGUUGUAGAGGUUUAUGUGUGCCUGGAUAUCCUUCGCGUUUGAGCAUUUCAUGAAAGUGAAUUAAAUGCUGAGCAUGCACCAUUGGGUGGCAUAUUUUGACGUUUAUCUUUUAGUAUAUAUUGAACUGCCUAGUUUUCACCUUAAUCUUUGCGUGAAGUCAUUGGGGUGGAAGUGACCUGAGUGUAGCAACUACGAUGGGCAAAACGCAGAUACGAAUGGACUGAACCAGGACAUAGUAGUAGUUUUUGGCAAGAUAAAUGAACUGAAUGUGGGGAUUUAGGAAAAAGACUGAUGUUCAUGUAUCGCUGUGCAAUUUGUUCCCACCAUCCUCAUUUCCUUGUGCUUAGCAGACACCUUUUCCUCCAUAUUGUUUGUGUUUUGUGAGUGUGGUUGUUCAGAGAGUGCAGAACAGUACCUUGUUGUAUCAUCACUGGUUUGAUGAAUUUAGUUGCUCUUGUGUUUUCUGUGCCAAUGCUGUUUUAUGGAGUGGCUGAUGUGGCAACCUAAGAAAAAAAUGUUUUAUUCAUUCCUGGAAGUGUUUGUUUUAUAGAUGAAAUGUUUUAAUGAGAUCGACCUAUCAAAAUAAAGAACGCUUUUAAGUCAG